AUGCGGCGUGCGGCGGUGCAGCUCAAGUCCGUCCAUGCGGCGUGCGGCGGUGCAGCUCAAGUCCGUCCAUGCGGCGGUGCGGCGUGCGCCACGUCACCUUAUCACGUAAGGUGCUCAAACGAGUCUUUAACAAUUGACAUCAAUCGUUUCCCGAGAGCAUUUUGUGAUAAAAGUUGUCGAAAGGUUCACGAAAAGUUGGAAAGUAAAAUUGGAGUGAAACGGGAGCUAGAAGACGGGUUAACAUGGACUUUGCUACAUAGAUUUGAUCAAGAACAUGGUUCUUAUGAGGUUCGAGCAUCCAAAAAACUCGAGUGCUACAGCAAGCUCGCGGUUGCAUUUAGAAUACUAACCGCAUGUUUCGAGCCUAUAAAAGAUCGGCACACUAGGAUCGAUAUGAUACGAAAUGUGGUGUACAAUUGUGGGUCACAUUACCAAAGGAUUAAUUUUAGUAGAUUUUUUACUGGCAUACUUGAAAAAGGUGAUGAGAUUAUUGCGGUGGCAUCAAUCAGGUUGGUAUGGCAACCAAUGGUUGCAACCAACAACCAACAUAAUAUUGAUUCUUUAUUCUUUUCUAUUAUUUAA